GGUAUUGUCACAAGACUCAAUUCUGUUGCAAACACCAAAUCCGUCCGGUAUUGUCAUAUCUGCAUCAAAUGUUAUAAAAGCCACCAAUUUGUCAAUUUACUCUCACAGCCUGCUGACUAAUUAAAUCAUACAUAUAAGAUCAAUAAGUACGUUGCUUUAGAUCCAAUAUGAAGGUUGCAAUUAUUCUGGCUAUUGCUCUUGUUGUAAUUCUUACAGUCCACGAGGCAGAUGGUAGAAGAAGCUGUAUUCCCAGGUGUAAAUAUAUUUGCACAAGAAGAAGACGCUGUGGAUAUUAUGCGGCAAUCUAUUAUUGUCACCGAUGCUACUGCAAAUGUCUUAGCUGUGCCAGUGAGCAAACCAUUAAAUUCCAUGAAAAUGAAGAAUCAUCUCUAUCUGAGAUUUUUCCACAGAUGAAUGACAAUGAUAACACUGACCCCUUCCAGAACAUUCCAAAAGGAGAAACCGAGCAUGGUGAAACUGGCAUGUAAAGAGAAUGUCCGAAGAAGAGAUGAUGACCGGUUCUGACUUGACUUUAUAAGAUUCUACUUUUUAUUGAGUUUCAACUGUUUUAGAUAUAUCUUUGAUUUCUGUUAUUGCACUUUUAAUACAUUAAAUACUUACAAAGA